AUGCCAGCCGUCAAGGUCAUCGAAAACGAUGCCUCUUCUAAGAACGUAGUCACGAUGAGAAUUGUCGGACGCGGUGGAGCAAACGUAUUGAUUGAAUUUGGCCAUCCAAAUUGGCUGUGGCGGUGCUGUGUUCGUUGGCCACAUCUAUUAUCAGCAAAUAAUGCCUACACCAUCGAUAACAUCCAUUAUAUCAAGAACAAUGUAGAACCUCUUUUACAUGGUUUGCUUUGUCCUAUGGAACUAAUUGAUGUGAGUACGGAUAUUUUAAGGCCCAUUUUAGAUACCUUUAUUUCAGAAUUAGAUGAUGAGGUAGUAAAAGUUAUUAAGAUUAAAAAUUUGGCUAGCAAGGUUGCCACUAAUUUAAUUCAAAAUGAUCACCUUUUGAAAUCUUAUUGCUCACGAAAUUUUCAAACAAUCCUUCUGGAACUAAAACCCAAAUGGAUAUACUACGAUACAAAUUAUUGUAGGAACUGCACACAUAACGCAUUAAAAGGUAGAAAAACCGAAUACUGCUACAACCAACUGCUAAUGAACUCACUGCAUUUGGAAACGAUGCUGAUAGAUUACGAAAGAUACCCCGUUGAGUUCAAAGUCACGAUACUCGAGUACUUGCGCAAUGCAAGUAACGUUUUCAGAGUCCUUUAUGAAUUGCAAAAGAAACUUUCAGAAAAUGCAAUUCCGAUUAAGAAUUUACGGUCAAUUCGCGAUAUAAAAGACGAGCUCUUACUACUCAUGACACUCAGAGAUGUGACAUGUUUCAUUGAGUGGAAUAAUGCCGGAAAUACGUUAAGUGUACACAUAGUAGAUGUAGAUCUAAAACCGAAAAAAAAAUGGACUCAUUGGACCAAAACUCAACGCCAAAUAGAAUCCGGUAAAAAAGUACUUCAUACUUCGAAUAAAUAG